AUGUCAGCCCCAACAUCCAACGCUGACUUGAACACAAGCGGCAGUCCCGCCUAUGGCACCUUUUCACGUCCAUCCUUCAUCUCCGACCCCGCCACCAGCCACGGCGACAGCAACGACAGCACCACCCUUGAGUCUACUGUUGAAGAUGACGAUCUCUCGCCAACGUCUAGGCCUGUGCCAGAGCGCAAGCCAUCAAGGCAUAUUGAGUUUAGAAAAUAUCUCAAGCGCCCCUACAAGGACACGCAACGCACCCUGAGCGAUGCGUUGCGGUCGGCAAGGAGCAGAGAGGAGCAGGAGACGUUGCUACCCGAAGAAGACUAUGCUGGCAGCGAUGGAUGCUUCAACGGGCAGGGCCAGCCCAUGGCCCCGAGGAUCCCCGGCACACAUCCCGUGAACAACUAUCUGACUUAUCGCACGUACUUCAAUAUCCAUCGCAGGAUACGACGACUGGUCCUGGCUGUCAUUGAGGAUCCCUACACAGUGGACCAGCUUCGGGAGCCCCGUAUGAAUGUCCUCAUUGUAAAGCCGCUUGUAGAUCGUCUCUACGAUGAGGACGACAUCUCCAUUGUCUACUGCCUGCUUGUCAACCGCAUGCAAUUCCUGCGGGACCAGCAGUUCCAACAACAUCACCAGACCGUCGAUCUCACACGUGCCAAUCUGUGCGAGCUGGUCGCCAUGAAAGUCUUGCGGCGGCACGACGAAGAGUCUACGGGCAAAGCCGGCCUGCUCCUACUAGCCCAGAUUCUAGUAGCACCAUUCCAACCCUUCCAAGGAGCUCCGGCGGAGCGGUGUCCGCCGCGACAUGUAUCUGACUACCAAGGCCAGGGCGACAACGAUGGCAAGCUCACUGCCUUGGAGGUUGCCAUUGUCUCCGAGAGCAAAGUGCUCCUAGCUGGUUCCGCGAGCCAGAAAGUCAUCGAUGCCAUCUACCGCGGCCGUAUCGUAUAUACACCGACUACCUUUAUGGAUAUCAUCCCAGACCACUACAAGUACAAGCCCAUCUCGCUAUAUGACCCGCGAAAAGCGCCUGUGCUCAACCAAUACCGACUCAUGGUGCCGAGAACGCGCAAUGUGAUUGAAGUAUUUCAGUUUUGCAUACUCCUGGCCCUAUACUGUUGGUGCAUGUCGGCACGGAAAGACCAUUUUCUCACUGGUCCCGAGCUUGUUUUCAUGGUCUAUGGUGCUGGCUGGGUGCUCGACGAGUUGACUUCAUGUCUUGAACAUGGUUGGGAGGUGCACACACAAGAACUGUGGGCCUUUAUGGAUGUCACCUUCUCCGGCAUAUUCAUCGUCUACAUCUGCAUGCGCUUCCACGGCUGGUUGACAAAUCAAGACGAGACUGGGCGACAGGCUCUCGACGUCCUUGCCGUAGCCGCGCCUAUUCUCUUCCCACGCAUCGCAUUCAAUCUGAUGCCCGAGAACAUGCUUUUCAUCUCUCUCCGAGCCAUGGUUAAGGAAUUCACGGCACUGAGUCUGAUUGCCGUCUGGUGCUUUGGCGGUGUCCUCUUAGCACUCAAGUGGCUGAGUAUUAGCAACCCCGCCGUCGGCUACGAAGGGUCGCCCAACUCCAUUACCAUUUCCAAGUGGAUGUUAUGGAUCUGGUUCGGUCUGGAUGGUACAGGAAUCGACGAAGCACCUCGUUUCCACGAGAUCCUCGGGCCCACGCUCAUGGUCAUCUAUGCGUUUCUAGGCAACACCUUGUUUCUGACCGUCUUGGUAUCCAUGUUGUCAAACACAUUUUCCAAGAUUGCCGCCGAUGCGACUGCAGAGAUUCAAUUCCGCCGCGCUGUCCUGACGUUUGAAGGCGUCAAAUCAGACUCGCUUUUUGCCUACCGCCCGCCUUUUAAUCUUCUCGCAUUUGUCAUUUUACUCCCGCUCAAGUUCAUCCUCUCGCCACGCUGGUUCCACAAGAUCAACAUUACGGCAAUUCGCGUCCUCAACUUUCCUAUUCUCCUCUUUAUAACCUACUACGAGCGCCGUUCUCUCUGGAAGCCCGUACGCCGUCUCAGCGUAAAUGGCCCAGGGCCCUCAAAACGCACCAUGUUCCUGCAAGACGUGGGCUUCUGGCAUAGCUGGAAGCAACUCAAUCCCCACGCAGACCUGCAGGCUGUCUUUGAGGAGGAGCCGCCGCCAGAUGUGGUAAUGUCGAUUGAAGAAGAAGAUGACUUGGAGGACGCUAUACUUGAGAACAGUUUCGCGCCGACGGGUAUGGCUGGCACAAGAAGCGUUAGUCCCGGUAGUGCCAUGACAGGGCGAAGAAGGAGGCUCAGUAGUGUAUGGCCUGGACCCAGUGCGUAGAAGGAUUCAAGGAUGGAACUAGUACGCAUUGAAGUGUGAGGGUGGUGAUUCUAGUUAGUCUAGAGUGUUGGCGUCGCUCAUUCAUACCCACAUACAUAC